UUGCCUGGCCUUAGACGGACGCUACUUCUUUGUGAUCGACACUUGGCCGCCAAAUUUCACGACAUAGCAACAAUAUUUUCCGAGCUUUCUCUACUCUUACCUUGUCAUUCUGCUGUUUACGCUCGACGACAGAGGAAAAGGGGCACUUUGCAUCGCUUGGCAAUGGCUUCGUUCAAGGAAAUGCAACAAACCUCACGACCGCUCUCGCACCGUCCGUCGGUGGCUUCCAAUCCCAUUCCCGCCCUGUCAGUCGCUCGACAGCCGCACUCACGCACCAACUCCCACUCCCUCCUUUCCGGAUCCCUCAACGGCACCCACCGCGUCACACGCCGGAAGAGCAUGACAAACACGGGUCCGAACGUCGCUGCUCUUGCUGCCGCCCUCCAACAAGAAUCCGGUGACAAGGCUAUGCCACUGCCCAUUUCCAUCAACGCACGCCGCAACACGAUAUCCAAGAACGGUCUUUCGCGAUCUGCUGUCGUCGGCAGCCUACCCUCCCCACCAGCCAGCCUACCAACACACAAGUUCGUAACAUCAGACGGGACAGUCAACAUGCAGGACAGCGCAAUUGAUGAUGAGGUUCACUUGUCCGGAGAUGAAGGAGACAACAGCAACAAUAGCAGCAGCGGGGCGAGCAAGAGCCGAAACAGGAGGGCCAGUGACGGCCAGCCGGCGCCCAAGGAAAGCCGAAGAAUCAACCGCCCGGAACUUCGCUGUGAGAAGUGCGGGAAGGGAUACAAGCAUAGCAGCUGCUUGACCAAGCAUUUGUGGGAGCACACUCCCGAAUGGUCAUAUACCUCGAAGCUGCUGAUUUCCAAGCACCAGCAAGUGCAGCUUCUCGAGGCCGCUUCUGUUUUGGUAGCUAUGAACAACAAACCAACAACCGGGACCACGCCUCCUGACUCGACCCACGACUUCAACAGCGAUCAGGAUUCGGCAUCCCCAGCAGCAUCAGGUUAUUCGGAUCAACCAGAGCGCAGCUCUGCGGACACGACCCCACCGCCCCAGCUGGACACCCUAAGCAACAUGACCGGGUUCCCCAUGAGCUUCACCAAGAGACAGAGUACCGGCAGCGGGUUUGCGCAGUCGUAUCAAUCUGCGGCAUUCGGUAGUUCGGUGGCGGGUAGCGUGCCGGUUGGUUCGCCAUUUGGAGGUCAUUUCCGCCAGCUCAGCCUGAUGAGCCAGGAUCACAGGCCAACGUCGUCCGGCAGGAACGCAACCGGCAAGGAAGAUCGGGAUUUGGCUGCGGCAGUGGAAGGUCUUAGCUGUAGCUUUAACAGCAACGCUGGCCCUCGGUCGUUUCACCUCGGAGCAGACGCACCCCUGGUGCCACCUCUGCCAAACCAAUAUCUGGGCCAGUCUUUCGGCCUUAUCCCUGGUAGCUUCAUCAACAGCUUUCCUAGUAGAGCUCCGGAAAGCUUUACUAGAGGGGAGUUACGCCAGAGCUGCCAGAGCGAGCGGGGCGACGUCAAGAUGGACGAAGAUAGCGUCAUGGACUAUGACGACGACGAAGACAUGCGGUCCCGGGCAAGAAGCGACGAGGACGACGACGGUGUCUUUGGAAGAAUGGAAGAAUGAGAAGGCCGAAGCGG